AUGGCCCGCUCUUCCGCCGCCGCCGUUCGCGCGGCGCAGCGGCUAAUUUCAUCCCCUGCCGCGUUGUCAACGCCUCUACUAUCACCCGCCGCGCUCGUGGCACCGCUAGUAGCGUCAGUUUCCCCUGUCGCUCUUUCGCCACCCUCGAUAUUAUUUCCUGGUGCGCAGCGGCGCAGUGAUUAUCGAGACGAUCUCUCGGCACUGCAAAGUUCGCUACUUCACGUUCCCACGUCAGCUCGCGCAGCCGCCGGCACGUCCCGUGCCUCCCUGGUUUUUAUAACCAGUGCCACGUGUCCGGCACCGUGGGUUGCCACGUCAUCCAGCUCUUUCGCCGCAUCUUUUUUCGCGGAUGAUUUUCCUGCCACGUGGCAGCCGAGGAGGGGCUACUCCGUGAAGGCAUCUUCGGUGGUGGUUCCACGUGGCGGUGACCAAUUAGUGCGGUUGGAUCACCUCACAGGGGACGACGAGGGCAUCGCUGUGGUGACUCUCAACCGUCCCGCGGCCCGCAACGCCAUCAGCAAGCAGCUGCUGGCAGAUAUGGUGCAUGCCAUGGCGGAAGUGAAGGGAGCCGGGGGAGCCAAGAAAGUGGAUGUAGUAGGGACAGCAGGGGGAGCAGGGCGGGCGGCUGGAGGAGGGAUGGCGGAGGGAUCAGGGGGAGCGGAAGGGGUGCAGGAGCAGACGGGGAAUGCAGCGGUGCGAGCUGUGAUUAUAAGGAGCGCACUGGAUGGAGUGUUUUGCGCAGGGGCAGACCUCAAGGAGCGCAAGGGCAUGACGCAGGAAGAGGCGGAAGCAUUUGUCAGCAGUCUCAGGGGAGCGUUCACCGACCUCGAGAACUUACCCGUGCCAACAGUGGCCGCAGUUGAGGGAGCAGCGCUGGGAGGGGGGCUCGAAAUGCUUUUAGCUUGUGACAUUAGAGUGGCAGGUUUCAAUGCACGGUUUGGCCUGCCAGAAACAUCGCUUGCAAUCAUUCCCGGGGCGGGUGGCACGCAGCGGCUACCACGCCUCAUCGGUGCAUCUCGGGCCAAGGAGCUCAUAUUCACGGCUCGGGUUGUGCGUGCAGAUGAGGCACUCUCACUGGGCAUUGUGAGCCACUGUGUGCCAGCAGGAACUGCAUACGAGACCGCCCUUCAAAUCGCAAGAACCAUCCAACGCAAUCACUUGUUAUUCGACGCACCCAUCAAAAGCUUCCUGCGGGAACAACUGAUGAUCCAGAAUCCGAUCGUUACGGAGUUAGAGGCUGAGGUGUGGGAGAGCGGGAUACGCUACGCGCCAAUUGAG